UAUUUUUCAUAUUCUUUUAACCCCGGGUUGGUAGGAUCUGCCCAAUGAUUACUAAUCUGGUGAUGAAUUUCUUAAGUCUAGCAUGAGCUUCACCACAGAAUUUCGCCAUGUCUCUGCUCCCACCAUCCUCUUCCUCUCUUCUGCAAUCGCGCACCUCUGGCAAUCCUUCGCCGGCUCCCCAGCCAACGCGAUUCCUGCGCCCUCGGCCGUUGCGCUCGCUGUCCACUUCGCUUCAGCCUCAUGGAAACGGCCGCAAUAAGCCCGCCCUACCAACUUGCGGAUGCUCCGCCUCUGACUUGGCGAUUUCCCAGGAAGCUCCAUCGCCUUCGUCUAGGAUCUUCAUCAAAGGACUAUCUUGUUCCACAUCGGAGGGGUUUUUGGCAAAGACAUUUUCAUCCUUUGGUGAGAUUAGCAAAGUAAAGAUAAUAACAAGCAAAACCUCAAAACAGUCUCUAGGACUUGCAUAUAUUUGGUUUGCUAGCGAACAAGAAGCCCUAAUGGCUGUGAACGAGAUGGAUGGGAAAUUUCUUGAUGGCAGGUUCAUUGCUGUUAAAAUCGCAGAUGUUGAAUCGCCCUCUAAGCAAGUAAGACCUAGACCAUACAGAUUCUGAUUUGUAUUUGGAAAUUGCUCCACAUACACAAGAAGAUUAUCAGGAACGAUGUUAUCUUUGAACUAAGACUACCCAUUUCAGGUUGAGAUUUUAUAUCGUUUUGGUUGAACUUACCUUAAUGACAUAGAUCUCGCUUGCAUGCGAUCUGUUCUUGUUAGCUACUGCCUCAAUAGGCUCUUCAGUGUUUUUGUCAUAUGGAUAAAAUAUGAAAGAAGUCUAAAUUAUAAGUUUUUUUUUGAGGAUUUUGGUCUCUUGUAAACAAAAAGGAUUAUCGACUAGAUUCAUCUCUUUGAAGGGGAGUCCAGGCGUAAUGGUAAAAUUGUCAUCAUGUGACAUUGAGAUUAUAGGUUCAAGUUGUAGAAAUAACCUCUUGCAAAUUGUAAUGUAAGACUGCAUACAAUAGAUCUAAUGUGAACCGACUCUUCCUCA